AUGUUUAUCAUUCUCCAAGAACUCAUGCACCGCACCUUUGUCGAGAUCGAGGGAAGAGCCCCACGGCGAAACGAAAUUCCUCGCCCUUGUGAUCAUUUCGACCUCAUCGUAGGAACCGGUACCGGCGGUCUUAUAGCCCUAAUGCUCGGUCGACUGCGCCUCGAUCUAGAGCAGUGCAAGGAGCUAUACGUUCGGUUAACGCGCAUGGUCUUCGAGACCGACAAGACCAUCGCUGGCAUUCCCUACCGCUCAACCCUCUUCAAGGCCUCCAAGCUCGAGGAGGCUAUCAAGGAGGCAGUGAGGGAACACACAGUGUAUCAGAAAGAGGGCAAUGACGGCACCGAGAACGAUGUACUCAGCCCUCUCAGCGGCUACAACACCUCAAACCCUAGGAGGCAUGCAAGCAACGCCAGCACUGUCAGCUUCAGCGCACGUAGCCCCCAGGCUCAGAUGGCACGCCCUGCCUUCAACUCGCGUUACGGUGACCCAAACGCUAGACUUUACGACGCAAGGGAGAACAGGACUAAGACUGCCGUCUUGGCAAUGUACAAAGGUUCCCGCAAGGGCAACCCCGCGGCCGUAUUGCGGUCCUACGAUUCGAGAAGAGAGCCUCCGCCAGAGUUUGAUUGCAAGAUCUGGCAGGCUGGACGAGCGACAUGUGCAAUCGGCCUAGCCUUCAAGCCCAUUCAAAUCGGGCAGUCCGUAUUUCACGACGACGGUGGGGGCACUUUCAAUCCUUCCCCCGAGGCUCUUGACGAAGCUGUAGUCAACGAAUGGCCUGGUCGCGAAGUUGGCGUGUUUCUCAGCGUUGGUACCGGCAGACGGCCCAAAGGAAGUGAUGCAAACUCGCAGAUGUGGUACGAAGGUUUCUUGGGAGAGUUUGCGGAAGCUCGCCGGAAGCUUAUCUCCAAGAUUGAAGGAUGCGAGGCGAUCCACGAGCAAAUGAGGAAAGAGCACUUGUUGAAGCGGAACGUCAACGUCGAAAACUACUAUCGUCUUAAUGUGGAGGUUGGCGUCGGCGAGUUUGGUAUGAACGAAUGGCAUCGCCUGGCCGAAAUCAGCACGAGCACACGGCAAUACCUGAGGCGGGAAGUCGAGCAGAAGAUGAUUCAAGGUGCUUCUGCGAAGAUGGCCAAGAUUCACAAAGCGAAUAUUAGGUUCUCCCGCCUGCCAGAAGUCCCUGAACUGGUUAAGUCAAACUCGGAGACGACUGAACCAAUGUCGUUUGCGGUGGAAUUGCCAGCCGAGAUUCCUACCUCAUGGCCACCACACAACACACCGCCCAGCCGUCAAUCUUACGAAUCUGGCUCUGAGCACUUGCACAUCCCUUCGCCAAUGAGUCCUUCUCCAAGGAGUUCCGGCGAACGACUGCAACCGUCGUCGUCGCCACGGCCCGAGCAACGACCUCUGCCCCCGGCAAAGGACGAUGAGGUUGACAGACUUGUUGUCACUGCGCCCACUCCAGCGCAGUAUCGCUACGCAGCAGGCGCUGACAAGAUUGCUAUCGUGAGCCCGGAUGAACAUCCCCGAUGGCAGAAUCAGCCUUACAGCAACGGUCCGGUCCAGCAAUCGCAGCAGCCACAGCGUAUCCCCCCACCGCUGCCUCCUAAGACACCACUUCCAGAACACCAGGCAGCCGGCGGCCGCCGUCCCGUUGGCUCGUCGCCUCUACCCUAUCCAGUGGAUGACGAGCCUCCACCAGUGAACAUGGCUAGAAAGCCGGAUUACCGCGGGAGAUAA